AUGUCGGCUGUUGAUUGUUGGAUUUACGUGAAAAGUUGGAAUUAUGAAAGCGACCUGAUGGACAUUCAUCAAAAUGAACUCUUCAUAUUGUAUAAAAAACAUUGGAAAACAGAAAAAAGACAGAAAGCGGAAAGUAGACAAGAGGAUCAUAAAACUGAAAUUUGCGAUGCGAUAAAAGCGAUUCUCAGACUUGUUACAAAUAAAUUGACGUCAAUGAGUAAAGCGGAAUAG